AUGGCCACAUCGUCCCCUACCCCCAGCACUAUUUUGCCCACACUUGAAGCUGUGACGAUACAUUGCGUGAAACUCGACCCUCUCGACCUCAACGACGAGAAGGUGCGCUCCAUCAUCCGCGAAAUGCCCCGCUCCGUCGCCACCCGGGACUCCAAGACCAACGACAAGCUCGAGGAGCUGCGCGCGUACCUUUGGUCCUCCCAGAGCAACAAGGUCCUCAAGCGCGCCAGCUGCACCAGGAACUUUAGGGUGUCUGGCAACACCCAUUCGGGUUACCUCAAUCGCGCCCUGUCCCAGCACUUCUCGGAAAUGACUGGCGUCCAAGGCCCCGAAGACGGCAUCACUCAUUCACUUCACGUCUUCAUCCGCAAGACCCCACUCAUCGAGGGCGCAACCUACCUUUCUGUCGACCCCAACGAGGCGUAUGGUACCGCUACUCGCGACACGGCCUUCUGGAUUUCCUUUACGAAGCAAGUCACCCAGGGACUCGGGGUCCAGUGCCCCAUCCCCAUCGACUCGAAUCCGCCGCCGCCCGAGGUUACUGGUUACUGGUUGCAGCUCGCGCCACUACAGCAUCGCGAUGGCCUAGAGUUGGAUCUGCCCACCCGCGCGGCAAACGAUCAGCUCAAGGGGAUGCUCGCAGUGCACAAGCGAUACGAGAUCGAGGCCGGUUUCUUGUUCUCUUUGGGCGACGAGGUCACAGCGGCCGAGGGCCUGCCUCCCGCGUACGACUACUCGGACAUCCGCCAUGGCCUCGUCAGCCAGCACGGUCCAGUCAUUGGGCAGAUUCACUACGCUACCCCAGACAGCGUCUUUCUGAACUGGGGACACACCGACCAAGUGGCCAAGCGUAUCCAGAGGAGCCUGGACGCCUACCAGGACGACUCGGACGCUUGA